CUUUGAAGUUUUUGUCCCGUUCUAGCAUUAGAGGGAUCCACAAUCUCUUUUUCUUAUUAUACUUCCAAGAGGAAAAGGGGAUGAUAUAGCUAGAUCAUUUUUAUUGGUUGUGUGUGUGUAAACCUACUUCUUCUGAUCUUCAUUCAACACCUUCCUGUAUGUGGCAAGAAAGAGAAGAAAGAAACCCCACCACCAUUCCAAUCCCACUAGUUUGUUGACGCACGCGUUCUUCCUUCAUUGGCUUAUGAAGCAAUAAUAAUGGUUAGUGAGACUAAAUUAGAGGUGUUCCUAUGCCUCACUCAUAGUCAUUGCUUUGACCUAAAUGACCACCCAAAAAGUAGGUAAAAUAAGGCUGCGAAACAUCAUCCAUCUUACUUCCACAUAUAUCUUACUCCUUGCUCCUGCAUAUUUCAGCAAAUAAAAUAAUAAGAAAGCCACACACUACUAGGGUUAGGGUUAGCCAACCCCAGGAGCAUUGACCUAUAUAUAGAUAGACCUAUAGAAUUAUACCACCAAAUAUGUAUGUGUGUGCGCGUGUAGCCAUCAUCUAAUUCUUGUGGGUGAAAAUCUGAAAUCGAUAACUGAUUGUUAAGUCUGAGACAUCUGUACGUAUAUAUAGACGCAUAGGGUUUUUCAUUUUGAAGAAGAGAUCAGAGAUCGAUCGAGAGGGAUGAAGAAGAGACAGGUGGCGGUGAAGACUUCGUCGACGGUGAUAAGGAACGUAAGGUACGGGGAGUGCCAGAAGAAUCACGCGGCUAAUAUCGGAGGGUACGCGGUGGAUGGGUGCAGGGAGUUCAUGGCCAGUGCAGGGGAAGGAACCAACGGCGCUCUCACGUGUGCUGCUUGUGGCUGCCACCGCAACUUCCACCGCAGGGAAGUGCAAACUGAGGUUGUCUGCUGGACAGCCAGGAUGACGACCGAAGAGGGGGAGAGAGACGCCGACGAGAGCUAGUUGAUGACACAGCAACAACCGUAAGAUGCUCGACAGCAAUGAUGACUGCCGGCGACAAAGAGAGACGCGCCGGUGAGGAUGUUGGCAAUGGCGUUGCAACGUGAAAGAGGGUGGACGGGGAGAAGAAGCAGCAGCGAUAAAGUAGAGAAGAAAUUGUAUGGUUAAAUUUUUUGAAAAAAAUAGUUCACUAUUAUCAGGUCAUCAACGGAGGCAUAGUUUCGAAACCUAGCCGCUUGCCAAGUUGAGCUCGAGUGGAUCAAAAACCUGCUUCAAGAGUUGCAGAUUAAGCUGCGAACGGCUCUCACUAUAUUCUGUGAUAACAUGUCCACGGUGAUGUUAGCAGCGAAUCCACCAGUCCUCCACAAUAAGACUAAGGAACUUCAUGUGUGAGACACAAGAUUAACACUAAGGAAUUUCAUGUUGUGCACAUUUUAGAAAGUGAACAAAUUGCUGACAUUUUGACUAAACCAUUGUUAGCGGCUACUUUUAAUCAGUUGAAAUUCGAAUUCAGAGUGAUUAAUAGCCCUCUGUUAUAUUUGAAGGGGGUGUAAAGGAUAACAAAUACAUAAAGAUAAAAAAUAGUUAAUGUUCAUUCUUGAAUCUUGGUAUAUAAUUCAGUUUAACAACUAAGCCAAACAAUAACAGAAGC